AUGCGUUUCAUCCUCUUGGUUUUGAUCAACUUUGCGCUCGCCUGCCUGAUCCUGGCGAGGGCCAACACGGAGGAGCUGGACAAGCAGCAAAUCUCCCAUGACGAAGCCUCACUGAAGGGCAAAGCAAACAAAGCAGCAGUCAAGUUGGACCCACCGACGACGCCUUCUCAUUUGAGUUUCUUUUUGCGCCAUUUGUCCACCACCAGAGCACCGACGACAGCGGCAAGCGCGUCCACGAAGCGCUUGAGCACCGUUAGUGCUGCGAAAACUGCGCACACCUCAGCCACCAAAGCCUCCAAGCAUCAAGAGAGCAAAACCCCCAGCAAGAUCAACAAAGGGAUCACUUAUCAGACAACAAACAAGAAUGAAGUCCAAGGAACCACAAAAGUCCACAGAAAGAUCGAAGGAAACCGCACCACGCCCAGCACUAGAGAACACAGCAAAACCACUAGCAAAAUGAGCGACAAGCCCACCUCCAAGUCACAUGUGAAGGCCAUCAAACGCGACCCCAAGGCGCCCAUCAAGCAUGACUCUAAGGCACCGAUAAAGACGGAAACAAAAUCCAACUCCAAGCAUGAAUACAAAACGACGACAAAGAGCGAAAUGAAGGCUACAGCUAAGACCCCCACAAGGACCGAUACAAAAUCCCAUUCCAGCCGCAAACCAAUCGCCAAGACUAGCCACAAGAGCGCCGUGAAACCCACCCACAAGUCGGACAUCAAGGCUCCCAAGCACGACCCAGAGGCCACAUCAAAGAGCAAAACAAAACCGGCCACUAGCAGUGCCAAAACAAAUACGAAGCUCACCACCAAGAUCGAUGCAAAACCCACCACCAAAUCUUACAGCAAGAGCACGCAGCACGACAUCAAGGCAAAGUCCGACAUGAAGGCUCCUAGGACCGAAACCAAGCCAACCACAAAGACAGACACAAAGGCUCACCCCAAGCAAGAAUCUGCGACAACGACGAAGACUGAUUUGAAGAGCAGCACCAAUGCGCCAACAAGGAUCGACACAACGCCCACAGCCACCAGUAUCAAGGCCACGCAGCCAGACACCAAAAGUCCAUCCACAAAGGUCGAGACAACAGCAAAGUCUAGAGCAGAAGAUGCGAGAACUACCCAAGGUGACAUCAAGACUAGCAGCAGCAAUGCCCCGACUGUGAUGGAGACAAAACCCACCACACCAAGCACUAUCAAAGCCACCACAAAACACGCCGAGAGUAAGUCCGAUCACGUGCCCGUUGCCAAAACCCAUGCGAAGACAGACAACAAAACCCAUUCGAAAUCGCACUCCAAGGCAAACACCAAAGCGCAUUCCAAGACCCACUCCAAGACCCAUCCAAAGACGGAUAAUACAAACCACCUAAAGACGAACACCAAGAGUCACAGCAAGGCACAUGUCAAGAACGAGCAAAAGACCCAUGGCAAGGCACACGCCAAGCCCCACUCCAAGACCCAAUCGAAGACUCAGCCCAAGAGCCAUAGAAAGAGUCUCUCCAAGACACACACCAAGACGCAGCCUCCCCACAAGACGGACACCACCAAAGCCCCUGCAAAGACUCAAAAGAUUCGCCGCUCCAGCAAUGAAACUGCUGUGCUCAAGCCUGAUGUAAUCAGCGCAGGCAAUGGAUCUAAUUGGAAGCUACUGGAGACACCCAAGCCAGAAGCGAUAACAACAACGCCUGUGACUAAUAUCAAGGCAGAAGGAUUAUCCCCUACGCCUACAACUGCUCCUGUCAAGGGAGAAAUAAUAUCCACUACGCACGCUGCCCCUCCUGUCCAAGGAAAAAUAUUAUCCACAACUCUCGCAGCUACUUCUGUCAAGGGAAAAAUAUUAUCCACAACGCCCGUGGCUGCUCUUGUCCAGGAAGAUAUUUUAUACACUCCGACUCCAGUAGCUUCUCCUUUGGGAGGAAAAAUAUUAUCCACAACUCUCGCAGCUUCUUCUGUCAAGGGACAAAUAAUAUCCACUACGCCCGUGGCUCCUAUCAAAGGAAAAUUGAUAUCCGCAGCUCCAGCAGGUUCUGCUAUCAAAGCAGUCAUUUUAUCCACUACUCCCGCAGCUCCACUCAAAACUCCAUCCAUUGCUGAGACUUUGCCUGCCAGCACCACUGGUCGUCCCGUGCUUGAGGGCUUCGCUCUAGUCGAAGCGUCGAGCCUGCAGGAGGUGGAUCUUGCCAUACACAAAAUGAUGGAAAGCACCACAGCGGACAUCAAGAGUAAAGGAUUUCGCUGA